AAGCUCUCACAACUUCUGAAGGCAACUUCUGUUCCAUUGGUUGAUUGUUCUGUCAGAAAAUUUCUCCUUAUUUCCAUUUCGUAGUGGUCUCGUGUGUACAACCUAACUAAUCUUGGAUAGUUUUAACCAUUUGUUUGUGUGUUUCGCCUUCUUCGAUGAAUCGAUUCCAAUGAAAGGCAAGCUGCAAUCGGAAGCCCGACUCGCAAGAAGGCAGUUCGGAAGAAAGGCUUGUCGCCCAAAACAAGCAUGGCGGCGACGGCGACUGUUUCCCUCAUCCCCGCCCAUACGAGACGGGAGGAGGAGGAACGAGUGGGCCCGGCGAUACAAGGAAGGGAGCGGGCGGUUUUGAAGCCGCCCGCGAGCAGCUGCCUCCCCAGCGGCCGGCCAAACGAGCUCAGAGCCGGCGGUGAGACCAUGAGCCGUAACGGCGGCGAAGCGCUAGGGAAGCUUCUGAAGGCGCAGGCCUUCCGCUUGCCCGGCCGCCACGGUUACGCAGUAGAAUUUUCGCCGUACCUGCCGGGGCGUUUGGCCUGCGCUACCUCGCAGUACUAUGGGAUUGCAGGUUGUGGAACUCUAGUGGUAUUGGAACAAAAUGAAGCUGGACUUCAUCUUUUCAGGAGUUUUGACUGGAAUGAUGGUCUAUUUGAUGUGACGUGGAGUGAAAACAAUGAGCAUGUGCUGGUCACGUCUAGUGGAGAUGGAUCUUUACAAAUCUGGGAUUCUGAAAAACCUUCAGGUCCUUUGCAAGUCUAUAAGGAACACACUCAGAGUGCCAUCAGUGUUGACUGGAGUCAAACCAGAGGAGAUCAGUUAAUAGUAUCUGGAUCAUGGGAUCAACAGCAAAACUGGUAUUGGGAUCCUGAAGUGGGACGGCCAUUGCGCACAUUCAGAGGUCACGAAGGUGUAAUUUAUAGUACCAUAUGGUCUCCACAUGUCCCUGGCUGCUUUGCCUCUACUUCAGGUGACCAAACUCUACGGAUUUGGGAUGCAAAAUCACCAGGACUCCCAGUGAUAAUUCCUGCUCACCAAGCUGAGAUUUUAAGUUGUGAUUGGUGCAAAUAUGAUCAGAACUUGCUUGUAACAGGUGCUGUUGAUUGCAGUUUGAAAGGUUGGGACCUAAGAAAUACCCGGAAACCUAUGUUCAGUCUGCUUGGGCAUACAUAUGCAAUAAGAAGAGUGAAAUUUUCACCAUUUCAUCCCACUAUAUUGGUUUCUUGUUCCUACGAUUUCACUGUGAGAUUUUGGGAUUUCUCCAAGCCUGACCCUCUGCUUGAAACUGUGGAGCAUCAUACGGAAUUUACUUGUGGACUAGAUUUAAGUUUGCAUGAUUCGGGUCAGGUGGCUGACUGCGCCUGGGAUGAAACUAUAAAGAUCUAUUAUCCAUCUUCAUUGGUAGUUCCUGCAUAGAAAGAUUUCUCAAUUGUAAAGAACUGAUUUAUAAGAAAUUAUUUUUGUUUUUCUUGGGCAUCUGCCAUAUUAUGCCUUACUAAUAAUAUUAGAUUUAAUAUGAGCUUCAAAGUUUCAAUCAUGUGAUUACGGACAGAUUCAUAUAAUAUCUUGCACAGAACCUGGACUGAAUCAGCAAAAUGUUCACAUGCUAUGUACAGACUAUACAAUUGUGUAAAUUAUGAACAGGCAACCUAGUAACUUCCAAAUGUUUUGGUCUACAGCUUUUAACAGUCCCAUAUAGCAUGAUUAUUGUCAAGAGCUAGUGGAAAUUGUAUUCCAAGACAUCUGGAGGGCACUAUAACACUAUUCCUGUUGUAAAUAUUAGGUACAGUGUAGGAACUGUGUCUUAUAUUUAUAAGAGUUAAAAAAAUAAAUUUUAUUGCAGUUUAAGUAUUCUCACUGUUGAGAUGUAGAAUUUAUCAUAAAACAAUGUAUCAGCAUUGAACUGAGUUCAUUAUGGAAAUUCUGUGCAAUAAUGUAUUAUAACAUGGCGCAUAGUUUUCACAGUUGAUGGUUUUACAGUCUGAGUUUUAUCUCUCUUUUUGUUUGUAAGACAAAUUCUAUAGUUUUCUUGACCAAAUGUAAUAUAUUUUUAGAUUCAGUUGUUUUGAAUUAAACUAUGAUUGAACUAAAAUUAACAAUUUCUGAGGGAAAAAAUGGACAUGACCUUAAGGCCAGAAUCCAGACAAACUAGAAGGGAGGGCCAAAAUGCCUAAGACAAAAAAACAGUUGUGCCAUUACCAUAGUUAUCCAAAUAGUAUAGUUAGUUUCUAUGUUUAAUAUUUACUUGUUACAAAUAAAUCAAUUUUUAUGUGACAUUAAA